AUGUCGACCGCAAUUCGCGCCCCUAAUAUUGCGGUCGACAUGGGCGAGAAAUUUGGUACCUUGGUGGCCACGUGGCGCAUGCAGCGCAGCAGAGCUUUCGAUGAGAUAGGCAUGGUAUUAAUCAACGAUCACCCACUCCAUCCACUUGAAGAUCUCCAUCGUCCGCUGAUCGGCGAAGCCAUGGGAUUCGAGUGUAUCGUUAUUCCGCUGGGUUUCUUCGUAGGUUUCACUGUACCCCUGGUGGCUCGUUCUAAGACGGCUGAUAAGGUUGGUGUAGCCUGUUCCAGAGGCUUGCUUGCGGACGUUUCUGCAUAG